AUGUCCACGUCGUACACCUUCUCCACCUACACAGGCUUCUUCCAGUACGAUACUGUUGAGGGCACCACGCUCCCCGCCGUCGCGCCCAACUUUGGCCUUCGUUCGAACACCACCUGGGCCGACCUCUCGCAACGACUGCUGGAGCUCAACGCGCAAGGCCUGGCUACCGAUGGAUCCUCGUACAAGCUCCUCUUCGCUGGACGCCAUGGUCAGGGCUUCCACAAUGUAGCUCAGAGCAAGUACGGCAAUACGGCAUGGGACUCGUACUGGUCCGAACUCACCACAGACGGUACGCUGGUUUGGGGACCCGAUGCUAGGUUGACACCGCUGGGCAUUCAACAGGCCCAGGCGGUGCACGAUGCAUGGGUGGCUAUGCUGCAGCAACAGGAUCAUGCGCCCUUGCCGACAAAGCUGUUCUCGAGCCCUUUGAGCCGUGCUCUGUCGACGAUGGAGAUUUCGUACGACAAGCUGCUUUUGAACAACCCGAACGACACGGCUUCUGCGUCGCAGGUUCAGCCACGCAACGCUGGUCUCGAGGCUCAGCUGCAAGGUCUUCUGGCACAGCUCGGCCAAGGCAAGGUCCCCGCCGGCCUCGAGUCCCAGCUGAAGAGCAUCCUCUCUCAGGUCGGAAAGCUCCCUGCUGACGUCUCGGCCCAAGUUGAGAACGUCCUCUCCCAGGUCAAGUCUGGCCAGAUCCCUGCCGGACUCGGCCCCCUUCUGCAGGGCAUCUACUCCCAGUUUGUCGGCAAGCCCACGCCGUUGGUCAAGGAGCUCUUCCGCGAGGAGUACGGCGAACACACGUGCGAUGAACGCCGCACCAAGUCUCAACUCGCCAAAGACUACCCUAACGUUCGAUUCGAACCUGGUUUCGCGGAGAAGGAUGAACUUUGGACUACGACGAGGGAGGAGGACAGCCAUUUGGACGGAAGGAUCCAGCAGGCCCUGACGCAGAUGUGGCACGAAGCGCCGUUGGACGAGGUUGUGUCGUUGACGAGUCACUCGGGUGUCAUGCAGAGCAUCUUCAGGGUCGUUGGCCACUACCCGAUCAGCCCUGCUACUGGAGCGUUCAUCCCGCUGGUGAUCAAGGCUACUCCCAACUAG